AUGGCUUUAGUUUCCACUUCCCAUGCCCUCACUGUUGGGGGAGGUUGUACAACAAACGGAGCUCUUGCUGCAAACCCUGAAAACAAGACCCAAUACUACUUUUGUAUGGAUAAAAAAAUCUAUCUGGGAACAUGUACGGAUGGCAGGACCUUCGAUGAACGAGUCGGUCAAUGUGUUUAUGCGGGGACCGACCCUGGAACUGGUACCACAGUCAACUGCGAUGGAAACGACUAUGCAACAUUCCCAUAUCCCAAUGAUAACACCAGGUACUACUAUUGCUACAAUGGUCAAGCUCUGGUCGUGCAGUGUCCUGCUAACAACUAUUAUGACUCCACCUCGCGUACCUGUGUUUUGGGUUCUGGAACAGGUACUGGUGGUUAUCUGUAUUGUCCGACCGGAGUUAAUACUGUGUUGCCUGAUCCGAAUGGUGAUUGCCAGAGAUACGUGCUCUGUCUGAAUGGCCAAGGCUCCUAUCAAACCUGCCCAAAUGGAUUCUACUUCCAACCGACAGGGUACUGUGGCCUAAAUAUGCCGAAUUCGUGUGCUGGUGGUGGCCCAUGCAAUCAGAGGGGACUACUAAGACCGGUGCGAAAUAAUUGUCAAGUAUACAAUUACUGCGACGGAUCCUAUUGGUCGACAAUAAAGUGUCCAAGAAAUUAUUACUUCAGUCCAAGCCGGCUUACAUGUGGACCCACUAUCCCGAAUGGAUGCAGCAAAUACAACAAUUACAACCAAAACUUACCUGGCUCCAACUCAGUUUAUCCCACAUAUCCAACUUAUCCCUUUAUCCCCACCACUCCAACGGAUCCUUCUGUAGUUUGUGCAACAAGUAUGAAUGGUAUUUUUGCGGAUACCACGAAUUGCCAGAAGUACUUCUAUUGUAUGGAUGGAUUGCCGUAUACAGCGACUUGUCCCAGCGGUUAUUAUUUCAACCCAUUAACAAGAGCCUGUGGUCCAAACAUCCCAUCAGGAUGUACUGUACAAGAUAUCGACCUUGACACCCCCACAGUUCCGGUAAAUUCUGAAAUAACCUUGGCGGACCCAACCAACUGCAAACAAUACAUAGUCUACACCAAUGGAUUUGGAGCUACCUACGCUUGUGGUCCUGGACUUUACUAUGACAUUGAAGGGAAUUCAUGUUCGACAACGAAACCAGAUAGAUGCACUUGAAUGGUAGUGACAGCUUAUCUACAGAACUCUUUAGGCAUUCUUACUUCUUCUGACUUCAAGGACAAACGGAUUCAGUAAAAAAUUAGCAUUUUGUUUUAUUCCAAUAAAGUCGCUUC